CGUCUCACUGAUUGCGAGAGAGAGAGAGAGAGAGAAAAAGACCGCAGGAGGGGGAGAGAGAGAGAGAGAAGGAGAGAAGAGAGAGAAAAAGAGAGAUUCUUCGCUUCCUUCCUCCCUUCUCUCUCCUCUAGUUCAUCCCGCACCAGGAACUUCUAUACUGCUUGUCCUUGCUCCUGAUUUCCCUUUUCCUGCAAGAAAUUGGCUCUUUUCUGGCACUUACCGCAGUCUUUGUGUGAAAUUCUUAGUUGACCUCGGAUUGUGCCGUCACACAAGGAUCCGAUUGGAUCCCGGGGCUGUUUGAUCUCACGCCAUGGUCCUCGUCUCCGCUCGGUCUUUCCGGCGCUGAGACCGGUCAACGAGCGUAAGGAGUUCGGCGCGGGGUUUCUUGAGAGGUUAUCUUCUCAGGAGUUCUACUCUUUGGAUCUGCAGGAAUUUGGACCUCAAGGGCCAUGCUGUCUUUAGAUGACAAAGCUAGAGCAUCCUUAUAUAUGAAAAACUGUUACUCUGUCUCCCAUAUGAUGCUAUGCAAAUAAGCAUUUUAGUAUUCCUAACUUAUCAAUAUAUGGGGCUUUAAUGCCAGUGGUGAUGCUCUUAUUUUUAAGGAAACUGGGUUCUGGUAGUCAAUUUGAAAGUCACGUGUUCCAGGUUUUCUGUGAGCUAUACAAUUCUCAGUAUGCCACCAUGGUGGGGCAAAUCUUCCUCCAAGGAGUCAAAGAAGAAAACUGGGAAGGACAGCAUACUUGAAAAUUUCCAUUUCCGGAAACUGAAUAUCUUAUCUGAUGAAAAAGGCAGAGUCCGUUCUAAAGGAGAUUCUAAAAGAUGUACUAUUGAUACAGUUUCAGAAAGGGGUUCUGGUUCGCAAGCAGUGUCUAGAUCACCAUCACCAUCACCAUCUAAUCAAGUUUCCCGUUGUCAAAGUUUUGCUGAGAGGCCAGAUUGCCAGCCUCUGCCACUUCCGGUUGCACAGAACCCAUGUAGCAUCAGAAAGUCAGGAGUUAGUGAAUGUCAAACAAAGUCGACGAAGAAUAGAAAGCAAUCAUCCUUACUUCCUCUUCCUGUUCCUGACAGGGCAUUGAGCAGGCCUGAUGCCACUGAUGUUGAUGGAGGUUUGGGGACUGCCUCUGUUUCUAGUGACUGUUCUGUUGAUAGUGAUGAUCCAGGUGAAGCACGUCACCCCAUUGGGUGUGGUCAUGUUAGUCCAAGGGGAACCGAGUAUUCUGCUAAAAGUAUUGCUAGCAGCCCUUCCAGUGUCAUCCGCCCAGGUUAUUCUCCUGUUGUGAGCAGAAAGAAGUCAAGAGAGGCACCAAAACCAGCAAAUUUGCCACAUGGUAACAUUCCUUAUUCUUCACAGAGGCGGGGACCGUUGAGUACAAUUGAGCACCCUCCUAGCUUGCAGAUUCCUCAGUAUCCUGCUUUUGGCAGUGCACCUGAUAGUUCUAUGUCAAGUCCCUCCAGAAGUCCCUUACGAGCCAUUGGUGCAGAGCAACAAAAUGGCUAUCUCUGGACAGGCAAAGCAUAUCCUGAUGCUGCACUAUUUGGAUCAGGCCAUUGCUCCAGUCCAGGUUCAGGUUAUAACUCUGGGCAUAACUCCAUGGGCGGAGAUAUGUCGGGGCAACUAUUCUGGCAACCCAGUAGAGGCAGCCCAGAAUAUUCUCCAAUACCUAGCCCAAGAAUGACUAGUCCUGGACCGAGCUCAAGAAUACAUAGUGGUGCUGUGACACCAUUGCAUCCACGGGCUGGAGGUGCAGGGCCAGAAUCUCCACCUGGUUGGCAAGAAGAAGGAAAACAACAAUGUCACAAGUUACCAUUGCCUCCUCCAUUGGUAAUACCUAAUCCUAGUCUCCUCUGUUCAUCAAACACAACAGCAACCAACUCCUCCGUCCCAAGAAGCCCAGGUAGAGCAGAAAAUCCUCCAAGUCCAGGUUCACGCUGGAAGAAAGGGAAACUUCUGGGCCGAGGGACAUUUGGCCAUGUUUACCUGGGGUUUAGCAAUGAGAGUGGUGAGAUGUGUGCAAUGAAAGAGGUCACAUUAUUUUCUGAUGAUGCAAAAUCAAGAGAAUGUGCAAAGCAAUUGCAGCAGGAAAUUGCUCUUCUUAGUCGCUUGAGGCAUCCAAACAUAGUGCAGUACUAUGGAUCUGAAACAGUGGAUGACAAACUGUAUAUAUACCUGGAGUAUGUCUCUGGUGGUUCCAUACACAAACUGCUCCAAGAGUAUGGAGAAUUCAGUGAACCUGUCAUUCGCAGCUAUACUCAACAAAUUCUUUCUGGCCUUGCAUAUCUGCAUGGAAAAGCUACUGUGCACAGGGAUAUCAAAGGUGCAAAUAUACUUGUGGACCCAAAUGGGCGUGUUAAGCUGGCAGAUUUUGGAAUGGCAAAGCAUAUAACUGGCAAUUCACUAGCAUUCUCAUUUAAGGGGAGCCCAUACUGGAUGGCUCCUGAGGUUAUUAGAAAUUCAAAUGGUUGUAAUCUUGCUGUGGACAUAUGGAGCUUGGGUUGUACUGUGUUGGAGAUGGUGACAACAAAGCCACCAUGGAGUCAGUACGAAGGGGUUGCUGCACUAUUUAAGAUUGGAAAUAGUAAGGAGCUUCCACCAAUUCCUGAAAGCCUGUCAGAUGAAGGGAAGGACUUCGUAAGACAAUGUUUGCAGAGGAAUCCAUCAGCUCGUCCUACAGCAGCUCAACUACUGGAGCAUGCUUUUGUUAAAAAUGCUGCACCGCUGGCUAGACCUGAUCUCAACAGCGAUCGACCCGAAUUGGAUAGUGUUGUCACCAAUGUGAUGAGACAUAUGGGUGUUGGUCAUGGAAGACUUCUUUCUUCACUGGAUGCUGAAUCCUCAAUUGCUCAGCAGCACCGAGGACCAAAAUCUUUUCAGGCAUCUAGUGAUAAUCAUCUGCCACUGCAUAUGUCAUUACCUGUUUCUCCCACUGGAAGUCCUCUCCUCCAUUCUAGAUCCCCGCACAAUGCCAGCGGAAGGAUAUCUCCCACAUCUAUCUCAAGCCCAAUUGCUACAUCUGGUUCGUCGACACCUCUUACUGGUGGUAAUGGAGCAAUCCCAUUUCUCUUGAGGCAUGCAUCAGGUUAUGCAAAUGGAAAUUAUGGUGGUAUGCAUAGGCCACCAGGUGGUUUCUACCUAAAUUCUUCCAGUCCUGGAACUUUUCCAGACUUGAAGCCGGAGGUGUUCCUAAGUAAGCAACAAGACUUUUCUUCCGUCUUUCUGGAUAGAAUGGCUACAGAAAGUAAUGUCCUUGGAAGCACAUUUGCUAAGCCACCUCAAAGUCAAAUGCAGUACAGUGGACAAGUAGCACUUUCUGAACACGUGUCACAACUUUUGAGAAAUUCAGCAAACACAGGUGUGUUGCCAGAUCUUAGACCAAGCUCCCUUAUGCUCAGUCGCACACGUUAAGUUGGACCAUGAAGAGUAGAUCUGACAUGGGGAAGUAUGAACUGAUGAAGGUGUUGAUGGCCAGCUAUUUUGUUGUGACUAACAUGAACCGUUUGUACAAUAAGGAUCCUACAUGUGAGCCAUGAAAAUAAGUUUGAAUCAGCUACUGAUUAGGUCGGCAGAUGCUUCUGUGCCUUGUAAGAGGCAUCCUUUACAUGGUAAACAGUUACCUCUGAGAUGGAACCUGUUUUAACGACCUUGUUGAUUUGAAUAGUGAAAUUUUUACAGUGCGUAAGUUUCUCUGACAGCCUAAUCCUCCCCCCACAGUUGAUGAGGAUCAGCUCCCAGAGCAUCAGCUUCAGCUUUCUCUUUGAUUUUUUCACUUUUUCUACUUUAGGAGUUCUUAGAUGUAAAGUUGGAGAAAAUGUAAAUCCUAGGUUAACAGCAGGAAAAUGUAUACUUUUAGGGUUAGAUUUUUCUGCUUGCACUUGCUGCUGCUGCUAUUAUCGUGUGAUGAUUGUGCGGGGAGCUUGUAACCCAUAUGGCAGGUCCACUUUUUGUAUCAUGAAUUGGCUCUGGAGUUCUCAAUUGCACUGUAUUGGAUUCA